AUGGCAAAUCGUCCUGGACAAACACAACCUCAGCAGACCAAGCGCACCGGGAAAAGCUUCGGUGGAUGUCUCACCUGUCGCGAGCGCCGCUUGAAAUGCGAUGAAUCGCGGCCCAGCUGCACAAGAUGCUCGAGGGCGAACUUGCGAUGUAAAGGCUACGGCGUGAGAUUAAAAUGGACCAAUAAUGAGGGAAACGUUGGCGCAGAGUCACCGUUGAGCGGACCAAAUGGCAGAUACUUCCAACGGUCGAAGAUGGUAUCGAAGCGCAUUCUCGAGCCAUCUGCUAUCUCGCGUGCCGAAGUCCUGGGUAUUCAGAGCAGUCUGUCCCACGCUGAUCAAAAUAAACAGCCAGCUUCUUCGUCCAACGCCCUCUUCUCAGUCUUUACAACACAGCCCCAUGAGGCAACUACACCCAAAGAUCAUCAUGCAUCACCUUUGGCUGAACCAGUGGUACGAGAAAAGGUCGAUAUCAAUAUUGCCAGCGGGUCGCCAGAAGUGACUUCCGAACCAGUACACAAUCAGCAAGCAGCGCCACCACUGGAUGGUGAUCUUGACUCUGGAAUGUCAACUUACCUCGAAGGCUCCGAGAUAUACCAUAAUAUUGGUGAUGACCUGAGCGGCUCGACCUACAAUGACAUUCGGACGGCAUGUCUUGCUCCAGAGAGGCUCCAAACUCGCCAGCACCGGCAAAGCACUUCAUCAUGGCAAGCUACUCACAAUCUCUCCGAUGGAGAAUCCAUCUGCUCCCCCUAUGGGCCGAUGUUCACAGAGGCUGUUUCGUACGGAGAACUAUCUCUCGACGAUGCACUCCUUUCGCCGGCAUCUAUCAACGACCACGAACUUCCCCGCCUAACGGAGUCGGGAUUCGGUGCAGCACACCUACACCUCGACCUUUUACCCGCACCUUCUGAUCAGUGCGAACUUAUUCAUCAUUGGAUCAACUUCCUUUCGAUGUCAAUGUCACCAGUUGUCAAGGAGGACAGCUCAUAUCAUACGAGACUCACACCUAUGGCUCUGGCGGGCCUGAACUCUGAUUCCGGGAAAUCCAGCGGAGGCAUUGCUGUCUUUCAUGGGAUAUGUGCAGCAUCAGCAUUUAAUCUUUCCAACAUUAAAGCCAACGAUGAUCGAUUUUGGCGGCUGGGUAUCCGGCAUCGUCGGUUGGCGCUCUACCACUUGCGUCAUUCCAUGCAGGACAGUGCUUCCACCAAAGACGACUCUGUGUGGGCUGCAAUCUGGACAUUCUUGUACCAAGAAGGUGUUCGUGGUCAGGCAUACGAAUGGAGGACGCACGUGGAGGGUUUGCGUAGUCUCAUUCUAGCAGAUCCGGAAGCCAUACGGCAAAGUGAUCUAGCUCGACCUGUCUACGAAUCGUUUCUUUGCCUCACGAUCAUGGGCAACGUCCAACUAGAUGCCGAACUCACCGCUCUAAUGAGAAAGCUGCCACCAGAUUUGGACUACCUACAGCCAGUCCACGGCAUCACUCGUGUUCUGCUGGAAAUUAUCUUGAAGAUUUCCUGUCACAUAGCGUCCCCAUCUCCUGAGGUCGACAUCAUAGCCGACAGAAUCGAGCUACAGUUAUUACUCUACUGUCCAGCGAAUAUCACAACAGCAGGCCUAGACAAGGGUGCCGCCCGGACUCUUGUCCGUUACUCUCACGUAUACUAUGACGCCACCCGCAUUCACUUCCAAAGACUGCUUCGAAAAAAAGAUCCAACGCUUCUCCAAGACCUGGUUGCAAGCGCGAUUGGGCACCUGGAAGCGAUUGAAGCCGACCAAACCAACCCCCACGGGUGUAUAUGGGUAUGGCCGGCCUUGGUGAUAGCUGCUGAGUGCACAGACCUGCAUUUACAGCAGCGUAUGCUGGCCUGGUUCAAAAGCAAGAGGAGGCACGGCUUCAGAAACCUCGAGGUCGCUUGUGAUCUCGCGAGGAAGGUUUGGACCACGAGGGUGGAAUCCACCCCGGGGAGUAACAUCCACUGGCACGACUUCAUUAAUGGCACCAAAUACGAUGCUCUGCCUCUUUGA